CUGUUUUGGGGAACGUGUGCCAAACGCGCGCGGGGUACCUGUGCCCGUCUAGCCAAGAGUGCACCCGUGUGCGCGAGCGGGCUUCCGGGACGCCGCAGUGGUGGGGGGCGGCUCUGCGAGGGGAGGGGGUCACCCGGACUGGCCGGCGCCGGCCCCGUGCGCGCGGAGGCGGGGGCGGGGGGCGGGGGCCGCGGCGGGGGGGGGAGGAGGUACGAAAAGGGCGGCGCGCGCGGCGGCGGCGGCAGCUCCCCGGCAGCGGCGGUGGAGAGCGCAGCGCGCAGCCCGGUGCAGCCCUGGCUUUCCCCUCGCUGCGCGCCCGCGCCCCCUUCCGCGUCCGCAACCAGAAGCCCAGCGCGGCGCCAGGAGCCGGACCUGCACCCGCACCGUUCCCGGGACCGCGACCCCGACCGCCCCGCGAUGACCGCGACCGAAGCCCUCCUGCGCGUCCUCUUGCUCCUGCUGGCUUUCGGCCACAGCACCCAUGGGGCUGAAUGUGUCCCGGCCUGCCACCCCCAAAACGGACUCUGCGAGGAUGACAAUGUUUGCAGGUGCCAGCCUGGCUGGCAGGGUCCCCUGUGUGACCAAUGCAUGACCUCUCCUGGCUGCCUUCAUGGACUCUGUGAGGAACCCUGGCAGUGCGUUUGCAUCGACGGCUGGGACGGGAAACUCUGCGAUAUAGAUGUUCGGGCCUGCUCCUCCGCCCCCUGUGCCAACAACGGGACCUGCGUGAACCUGGACAACGGCCUCUACCAGUGCUCCUGUGCCCCUGGGUACUCGGGAAAGGACUGCCAGAAAAAGGACGGGCCCUGUGUGAUCAAUGGCUCCCCCUGCCAGCACGGAGGCACCUGUGUGGACGAUGAGGGCCGGGCCUCCCACGCCUCCUGCCUGUGCCCCCCUGGCUUCUCAGGCAAUUUCUGUGAGAUCGUGGCCAACAGCUGCACCCCCAACCCCUGCGAGAACGAGGGCGUCUGCACUGACAUCGGGGGCGACUUCCGCUGCCGCUGCCCGGCCGGCUUCAUCGACAAGACCUGCAGCCGCCCGGUGACCAACUGCGCCAGCGGCCCCUGCCAGAACGGGGCCACCUGCCUGCAGCACACCCAGGUGAGCUACGAGUGUCUGUGCAAGCCCGAGUUCACAGGCCCCACCUGUGUCAAGAAGCGCGCCCUGAGCCCUCAGCAGGUCACCCGUCUGCCCAGCGGCUACGGGCUGGCCUACCGCAUGACCCCAGGGGUGCACGAGCUGCCCGUGCAGCAGCCUGAACACCGAGUCCUCAAGGUGUCCAUGAAAGAGCUCAACAAGAGUACCCCUCUCCUCACCGAGGGCCAGGCCAUCUGCUUCACCAUCCUGGGCGUGCUCACCAGCCUGGUGGUGCUGGGCACCGUGGGCAUCAUCUUCCUCAACAAGUGUGAGACCUGGGUGUCCAAUCUGCGCUACAACCACAUGCUGCGGAAGAAGAAGAACCUGCUGCUGCAGUGCAGCAGCGGGGAGGACCUGGCGGUCAACAUCAUCUUCCCCGAGAAGAUCGGCAUGGCCACCUUCCGCAAGGAGGCUGGCGACGAGGAGAUCUAAGCAGCGUCCCCACAGCCCCCCCUAGAUUCCCGGGGUCCCGCAGAGCUCACUAGACGCGGUCUGUCCUAUCUUUGUGGUGGAGUUCGCUAGCUCUCGUGUGGAAUCUGGUGAACGCUACGCUUACAUAUAUUGUCUUUGUGUUGCUGUGUGACAAGCGCAAUGCUAAAAAAAUCCCCUUUCUCUCUCUUAAUGCAUGAUAAAUAAUAAUAAGAAUUUCAUCUUUAAACAA